UCCGUGCCCGCGUCAUUUUGCAGGUAGGCGUUGAGCGGUCGCGGCUGCAGGUCGUGGUCAACGUGAAAGCUUGUGAACGGUUCAUGCCUAGUCAUUGGUUUCACUUGCUAUGGAGUCUACUCAGUUAAUUCGUGUCAAGGCGGAAGAAGACGUGAUUAGAAAGCUUUGUGAAUUGAUAGAAGAAAUCGCCAACAAAGCCAUCGAGUCCGAAGAUGUAUUCAAGAUAGGAUUGUCAGGGGGAUCUCUGGUGAAUUUUUUGUCUGCUGGGCUGUCAAAAAUAACAACAGAUUGGAGUAAAUGGCGUCUAUUUUUCUGUGAUGAACGAGUCGUCCCAUCAGAGAGCCCUGAUUCAACCUAUGGAGCCUACCGUAAAUCUCUCAUUGGAACUGUCCCUCUCUCAGAAAACCAGUUCAUUCAAAUUGACCCCCACCUGACGGCCGAAGAUGCGGCUAGGGACUAUAUCCGCAAAAUGGCUCCAUUCUUUGCGCCUGACAGCUUGCCACGUUUUGAUGCCCUUCUUCUUGGAAUGGGGCCUGAUGGACACACUUGCUCUCUUUUUCCUGGUCAUCGCUUACUAGAUGAAACUUCAGUCUGGAUUGCUCCCAUUACCAACUCCCCAAAACCACCUCCGAGCCGUAUUACUCUCACUUUUCCCAUUAUUAACAAUGCUGAGAACUGUAUAUUUGCUAUUUCUGGUCAAGGAAAAGCUGAGAUGGUGAAGCGAAUACUGAAAGACAAGGAGGACCUCCCUGCUGGCCGGGUGAAGCCUGCUGACGGGAAGCUUUUCUGGAUUUUGGAUGAAGGAGCUUCAUCCUUACUGUGAGUGCAUCCUAUUUCACCCUUUCAGUUCUGUAAGCCCAGCACACUGCUAAAUAUGCACCUUAUGAAAAAGUUACUCAGUAAAAGUUUUAUCAAUAUGGUAAUUUUUAUAGUAAGUUAUUGAACAAAAUCAGCCUUAUAAAAAAGACAAAAAAAAAAAAACACACAAAAAAAACUAAGAGGCAUUGCCAAUGUGUUUUAGCAAUGUUAAAACUUGAAGGAAAAGAAAAGUAAUAAAUGGGAUAUAAUGUGAUUCUUAAUUUUGUCAAAAAAAAAAAAAGUGAAUUUAAGUGCAUCGAAAGACUUUCUUUUAUGAUCUUGUAGUUCAUCUUUUGCUUUUAGAAAUGAGAGAACAAGAUAUUUCUUGCUCAGUUGACUCUUAAAUUUUUUUGUUUUAAGCAGUUUUUAUCUGCAAAAAAUGUAACUUUCAAAAAAGGUUGCCAUGCACUUGUGUGAUCUCCUGCAUAGCAGCAUUUGUGCCAUGCAAGAAUGGGUCUCAAUUUUUUCUAGUACCUUGUACAAGAUGGCCUUGGAUUGCAAGUUGAGAGGCCAUCUUGGUUUUGCACUGAUGUUUAUGUUUAAUACCUAGCAAAUAUGGUGAUUUGAAAACUAGUUCAGUAACGAGGAUGUUCAGUCUGUUUACCUAAAUGGUAAAUGAGUCAAAGCAGUCAGGCUAAGUGGGGAGAUGCAAUGUGUCCAGCAGUGGCAGAGCUAUAACACGAGAAAAGUUGGGUAGUUCCAAGAAUUCUUACCACAUUUGGAGACAGGCAACGGCUUAAAAUAAUUUCUGAAUUUUGUUAAUAUCAGUCUGACUAAAAUUAAAUUGUAACUUUAUCCCUUACGAUUUUCUGUGCUCUCACUAGCUAAGCUUUCUCUCUUGCAAGACCCAGUGAUCGUUCAGCGAUUUUCCGGUGCCAUUAUCAUUAUUAAGAAGUACAGAAAUUAAAAAUCUGAUUGUAAGUGGUUUCUUGUCCAACCUUUAUGCAUCAGUAGGUCUGUGAGUUAGUCCUCCGCAGGUAUGAUGCAAUGGUUGCUGCUUAACAUUUGAAAAGUCACCCUUGAACCCAUUUAUUGCCUCUCCCCUUUUGGCGAGGCUCUGUGAUAAGACGAGAAUAGUCAGAAAACAAUCUGAGGAUUCAUGGCUAAAGAAACUUUUAGCUUAGGGGGAAGUGUAUUUUAUUUGAUCUAUUUAUCUGCACUUGUGGAUUUCCAUGCUUGCACUGAAAGGGGAAAAAUGCUCUUAAAUCGUUGUAUAAAUUAAUGUUUUAUAGAUCAACCUAAAAGACUUUUGAUUAACAGUGGACGUAAAAGACUGGGUGAUUGUUAGAUUUUUGCCAUUUCUUGGUUGUCUCUCAAAUCUCAAAAUCAUUGUUAUCAGUAGUUAAAUUAUGAGGUUCCCAUACUUCCCAUUGAGAUGGCCAACAGUAAUUUUGAUUCUUCUGAGAAUUCAAAACUUAAAGGAGCAACUUUCCUCAAAAAAAAUUGUUUCAACUGUUUAGCCACUACUGAUUCUUUUCUUGUCACACAAAGUAAAGUGCUUUUCUAUUUUUGAUAUACGUGUCUUUGUCUAUUUAUUGAUAUUUUUUUUAAAUUGCUUUUUAAGUUGAGUGUUUCUGUUAGGUGGAAUAAAAAGCUACAAGUCUCAGCAAGAGUGGAUAUUUAGGGCUUUAAUAUUUCUCAGGCUCUUAAAUUGGUAGUCAUUCAGAUCUGUGCAAUUUGUAUCCCUCAAAAGCCUUAGAGUUGUAGGUAUACUGUUACAUUCCUGAUGUCAAGAACUUCCAAACUCACGUAAGAGCCUGACUUAACUGUGUUGAGCUUUUUUACAGUGAUUGCUACUGAUCGAUUAUAUUUUUUUUUGUUCUGAAUGAAAAGAACUUUUUGUAAUUGUUAUUGUUUCAUAUAUUUUAUUAAAUUUGUUGACCAAGAGAGAAUGUCUGUUAAUUAUGAUAUGAUAAUGAUAUGAUUGUGAGGGGUAGUAGAAUCUUUAGAGAAGCAAGAUAGACUGUAGUUUCCUCAUCUGUGUGUGGUGCAGUUACUUAAUAGUUCUCAAAGUAUCUCUUAAACAUCAUCUUUCUAAAACUUUUAAUUUUGGUGCUCAAUUUUAUUCUGUAAUCCAAUUUUCAUGCUGUUGGUUAUCUCAAGAACAAGUCCAGUUAUAAAUGGUAAGGAGUGAGAAAAAAUUGACACACCACAUCACAAGUUAUUUGGGGAUGUCUAGAAGAGAAAACACUCUUCUCUAUACCUUAGCGUAGCAGGAUAACAAUAUUUUGAAUGAAUACCGAUGAAUUGCAGAUGUACUGUGUACCCGAGAACUCAACAUUUAUGUACAUUCCAACUGUUCAAUAAGGAAUGAAGUGUUUGUAUGUAUUGAAUGCCCAAGGACAUGAUAAAUAAAAAUGGGUUUUAGAACAA